CCUGACGACUCAACAACGGGUGGUCCACUUCACUCGUCCAACUCCGCUCGCCAAGCAUUACUUGGAGCUGUCAGCCUCGAAUUCUUUAGGAGGCCCAGUGGGGAUGAACGUGUUUCGGAACGCGCACGCGCUGAGCUGAGAGGAUAUCCGUUUCCAGCCACAGCCACCACCGCCGCCGCCGCCGCCGCAGCAGCAGCAGCAGCAGUAGGUUAUCUGGCAGCGAGCGGCCGACGCACGCGGCGCCAUUGCCGGUCUAGAUCGGACCGAUCGUUCCUCUCACCCGGUCCGCCUUCCGCGUGUGCAGAUCUGCACCGCUCGUCUUGCGGGCUAGCCGCCUAAAAGGCAGUGGCUCCUUUUUUCCUCUUUUUUCUAGUGGGACUACGACACUGUAGGCGGGUAUAUUCGUUUGCUGAAGCUGCUGAGGCACUUCCCUACUCUACGACUACUCUUGGUACCUGCUGAUCGGUCUGAUCGGCCGCUUGGUUUUUUGUCGGAGGGUUUACUUGUGAGGGUCUGUCUUUCGUUGCUCGAUAGGCCCCGAGCGGUGUGAUCUUCCGUUGAAGGGGUUUUACGAGGGUACAAGGAGCAGGCGUGCUGUUCGCUUCAGGGAGGCCGUGCUGUGGGCGACAUGGCGGCGGCGUUGGCUACAGUCGCGAAGGCGAAGGACGGGUCGCACGUGUCGCUGGACGGCGUGCGCGACAAGAACGUGGGGCAGCUGCGAAAGCUGAACGCGGCGAUGUUUCCUGUCAAGUACCAGGAGAAGUACUACAGCGACGCCAUGGCUGCCGGCGAAUACACCAAACUAGCGUUCUACAGCGACGUGCACGUGGGCGCGGUGGCGUGCCGGCUGGAGCGCGAGGCGGGCAGCGGCGGCGGCAGCAAGGUGUACAUCAUGACGCUCGGCGUGCUCGCGCCCUACAGACGCCUCGGCAUUGGCUCAUUGCUGCUGCAGCACGUGCUGGGUCAGUGCGAGGCGGAGGGGUCGGGGGUGCGGGAGGUGUAUCUGCACGUGCAGACCAACAACGAGGAGGCCAUCGCCUUCUACAAGCACUUUGGCUUCGCUAUAACGGACACCAUUAAGAAUUACUACCGCCGCAUCCAGCCCCCCGACUGCUAUGUGCUCUCGCGCUCCUUUGGCCCAACGUCCUCCUUCCAGCCCAAUGGCACUGCUGCUGCUGCAGGGCAAUAGAAGGCUUCUUACGUGUAGUUGAAAGGCAACUGCAGCGCAGCUGCUGCUGCUGCUUUUCCUUCUAGAACUAUUCCCAAAGGCUCUAAUCCCAGGCCCGUUCCUCCAGUUGAUUACUGCUUCUGCUACAGGGCAAUAAGGGCCACCGCCAAACUCUGGUUUCAUCCUCCCUGCCUCCGUUAUAAGCUAGACCCGCUUUUAGGGAUUGUUCUGGCAACCUGACUGUAGUGAAAUGCAUGCUGGUUGGGUUGGGUUGGGUUGGACUUUGAAACAAAGCACCUUGACUGCAUGGACACUGUUAGGGUAAUGGUACCGUAGUAGCUCUCUAGUAUUGUCCAGCCAAAGUGCAUGGGGGUUGCUAGCUAUACUAAUCAUUCAUGCUC